AUGUCUGAUCGCUUCUACCGCCUGCGACUUCGGACACCAUCGCCCGAGCCGUACUAUAUCGAACGCCGCCCACGAUACGCUCGCUCAUCACCUUCACCACCACCACGUCGCCGCGCAUCCAGUCGUCCUCGUCGGGUCUCCUUCGAUCUCGGUGCUGAUUCUCAUCCUCGACGAGCCGCGACUUUUGCCAUCUCUAGAGACCCUAUUCCAAAGCGCACACUUGUCUUCAAGGAGUCUUCCUACCGCAGACAGCGACAGUCCAGCCGACGGUCCAGGACACCUUCACCUUCACCGCCCGCCUCGCCGCCUCGCGGUCCCAACCACAUCAUGAGUGAGAGACUCAGUGGGGACUAUGUCCCGCUGCCCAAGAAACUCCCAAAGACCAAAGACGACAAGUCCUCGAAUCACUCCUCCAGCGACGAAGAGCGGCGCCGCAGGAAGGGUAAGGAAAGAGCCCGCGUCAUCAACUAUGGGCCGGCUCACAUGGACGACCCUGACUAUUACCCCGUGGUCGAAACGCCAUCCACUUCCGGCGGCGGUGGCAUUGGCACGCCGCUUGGACGCCGCGACUCUGGCGUCUACAGUGGUACAGGCUCACCUCACAGUCGGGACCGCAAGUACUACGACAAGCACGGUCGGCCAAUCACUGUUGGUCAGGAUCGUCGCCCCCUGAUCACAGAUAGUGCAGAUACGACAGCUGCCAUCCAGGACUUGACCCGCGAGUUCAACACCAUCAUCACGAAUGAGCGCCUUGACAAGCUGGAGGCAGAAGCAAAAGCCAAUCGUCUUGCAGCGCAGCUCAACAAGGCUCAAGCCGAGAUUGAGCAAAGCAAGAGAUCUAGCUGGCUCGAUGACAGAGAGAAAAGAGUCGGAGAUCGCGAGAAGGUGCAUCGCGAUGAGAAGCGCUUGAGCCAGACGAGCUCGAGGGAGAGCCCUCCGGGUGGCCUUCGACCGAGGGAUGUGGUCGUCAAGCAGCCGAGCCCGCCCAUCAGAGACACACCAGCUGAUGUCGCUAAAGACGCACUAGACAAAGCUCGUGCCGAUUAUCAGCGAAAGCAGCAGAGGGAUAGUGGCAACUACAGCGGCCGUGGGGGCGGAAAGUGGUGA